AUUACCCAGAGCGAGAUCAGCGUGGGAUAAGGAGAGUCACUACCAGACACUGAAAGAAGUUUCAACUUCUGCACUUUACUGUAAGGAUCUGUCAGACAGCAGCACAGAAUGAAAACAGACUUGUCCUUGGAAGAGUCCCGCUUAAGCGAGAGGAGGAUGAAGAUAAAGAUCUGACAAGAAGAGAAAAUUGGAAGAGGCAGUAAUUUGAUUGCUGUAAUCUGUAGACAGUGAGGAAAGAAUUUGGUCUUCUGGAUUAAGUCGGGACACACCCCUGUCCUGGUUCAGUCUAUUCAUUUGUAAUGCAGCACGUGCAGAGGGCUUUCUGUGUGACAAUCCUUGAAAUAACUACCUGAGCUGUAAACUUAAAGAUUACAUUACUGAGCACUUGGUGAAACCAAACAUUACAAAGGAUAAGCCUCCUCUAGUAGCUGCAACUCAGCCUGGAACUGUACAGUAUUGUUGCUUUUUUGGAGAAGACCCUGGAUUACAGAAAUUUGUAGACUUGGAUAACUUCAAUACCACCAUGGCACUAUCAUCUCCAAAAGUGGACAUUAAAAAGAAGCCACUUGAGACUUCUGUGAAUGGCAAAGAACAGGAUUUUGUUUUUCUAUCAGAAAAUGUUGUGCUUGUGGUGGAAAGAUGCAUGAGUUCUAUGCAAGCUGGUACCCAAAUGAUCAAACUCCGGGGUAGCUCCAAAGGUUUGGUGCGUUUUUAUUACCUUGACGAGCACAAGUCCUGUAUAAGGUGGAGACCCUCAAGAAAGAAUGAAAAGGCCAAGAUCUCCAUUGAUUCCAUUCAGGAGGUGUGUGAGGGGAAACAGUCUGAGAUUUUCCAGCGUUAUGCAGAUGGAAGCUUUGAUCCAAACUGCUGUUUCAGUAUCUACUAUGGGGAUCACAUGGAGUCUUUGGACUUGGUGUCCUCGAGUGGCGAAGAGGCUCGCACAUGGAUUACUGGCCUGAAAUAUCUCAUGGCAGGGAUAAGUGACGAAGACAGUCUUUCCAAGCGUCAAAGAACACGAGACCAAUGGUUGAAGCAGACAUUUGACGAGGCAGACAAGAAUGGAGACGGGUGCUUGAGUAUUAAUGAGGUCUUACAGCUCAUGCACAAACUGAAUGUCAACCUCCCACGACAGAAAGUGAAGCAAAUGUUCAAGGAGGCAGACACUGACGAUAACCAAGGCACGCUUGGUUUUGAUGAGUUCUGUGCAUUUUAUAAGAUGAUGUCAACAAGAAGGGACCUAUACCUGCUAAUGCUUACAUACAGCAACCACAAGGACCACUUGGAUCCAGAUGACCUAAAACGAUUCCUAGAAGUUGAACAAAAGAUGAUAAAUGUGACAAAGGAAUACUGCUUGGAUAUUGUUGAUAAAUUUGAACCAUGCCCGGAGAAUAAAAAGCAAGGGGCACUUGGAAUAGAUGGUUUCACUAACUAUAUGCGCAGUCCGGCGGGUGAUAUCUUCAAUCCAGACCACUAUCAAGUGAAUCAGGAUAUGACCUUACCCUUGAGCAACUAUUUCAUUGCAUCCUCUCACAACACAUAUCUCAUGGGAGAUCAGUUAAUGUCUCAGUCUCGAGUAGACAUGUACGCGUGGGUAUUGCAAGCCGGUUGUCGUUGUGUUGAGGUGGACUGUUGGGACGGACCUGAUGGAGAACCAAUAGUUCAUCAUGGCUAUACUUUAACCUCUAAAAUUCUUUUCAAAGAUGUGAUAGAAACAAUUAACAAAUAUGCCUUCAUCAGAAAUGACUACCCUGUCAUCUUGUCUAUUGAAAAUCACUGCAGUGUGGUACAGCAGAAGAAGAUGGCUCAGUACCUGAUUGAAAUCUUGGGCGAGAAAUUAAAUCUCUCUGAUGUAGUCAAUGAAGAUUCAACAAAACUGCCGUCACCGGAAAGCUUAAGGGGAAAAAUAUUAGUGAAGGGAAAGAAGCUUCCUGCCAGUAUCAGCGAUGACGCAGAGGAAGGAGAUGUUUCAGAUGAAGACAGUGCAGAUGAGAUUGAUGAUGACUGCAAGUUAAUAAAUGGCGAUUGGAAGGCAUCUGCUAACAGAAAGCAAGUGGAAAACAUUGCAAAGAAGAAACUUGACUCGCUGUUGAAAGAAUCAAAAAUCCGGGACCGCGAAGAUCCUAACAAUUUCACAGUCACCACACUGCCACCAUCUGGGAAACUCAGCCAGAAACCAGAAUUAAAAAAGAAAUGCAGCUCUGGAUCUAAAGGGGAAAGGGCUUUGAGUAAAACAGAGGAAGAAGCUGAGUCUGGAGAAGAGCCGAGCCCCAACAAAAGACACAGUCGUUCUUUGAUAGGAAGUUUUUCCAAGCACAAGAAAAAAGGUGGAAAAAUAAAAAAAUGCUCAAGCUUAGAAGAAGGGGACGAAAGCCUGGACCGCCAGGGAAGUUUAGCAAGAGCUUCAGUACAUUAUAGCAGAAUAAAUAGACAAAAGAAAACCAUGAAGCUGUCAAGAGCCCUGUCUGACCUGGUAAAAUACACCAAAUCAGUUGGUAUCCAUGAUGUGGAAACUGAAAUCUCUUGCAGCUGGCAAGUUUCAUCAUUUAGUGAAACAAAAGCCCACCAGAUCCUUCAGCAAAAACCAGCUCAGUUUGUCCGGUUUAACCAACACCAGCUCUCUCGCAUUUAUCCAUCGUCUUACAGAGUCGACUCCAGCAACUACAACCCACAACCAUUUUGGAAUGCUGGUUGUCAAUUAGUUGCUUUAAACUACCAGUCUGAAGGAAGAAUGUUGCAGUUAAACAGAGCCAAGUUCAACAGCAAUGGAAACUGCGGUUAUGUGCUGAAACCGAAAUGCAUGUGUCAAGGUGCCUUUAAUCCUAAUUCUGAAGAUCCUUUGCCAGGACAAUUGAAGAAACAGCUGGUUUUGCGAAUAAUCAGUGGCCAACAGCUUCCAAAGCCAAAAGACUCCAUGCUGGGAGAUCGUGGAGAGAUCAUUGAUCCUUUUGUAGAAGUUGAGCUUAUUGGUUUGCCAGUGGAUUGCUUUAAAGAACAAACACGAGUUGUUGAUGAUAAUGGAUUCAAUCCUAUGUGGGAGGAAACCCUUGUAUUUACAGUGCACAUGCCAGAAAUAUCAUUAAUUCGCUUCCUGGUGUGGGAUCAUGAUCCGAUUGGCCGGGAUUUCAUUGGACAACGGACUCUUUCAUUUAGCAGCAUGAUGCCAGGCUAUCGACAUGUGUACCUGGAAGGUAUGGAGGAGGCAUCCAUCUUUGUUCAUGUAGCAAUCAAUGACAUCAGUGGUAAGGUCAAACAGGCCGCGGGCUUAAAAGGACUCUUUCUGAGAAAUCCAAAGCAAGCUUCUCUGGACAGUCAUGCUGCUGGACAGCUCCAUCGGAAACAUUCCAUUAGUAGUCACAUUUUAAGGAGAACUGCAAGUGCUCCUACAAAGGGCCAACAAAAAAACAAAAAGGGCUUCCCAGAAAUUGCCAUUGACUCCAAAGAAAACAGCUCGGAUGGACCUAGUGAAGACAGGGAGACUGAUGAUUCGUCUCUGCCCCGCUUUGAAAAAGAUCCUGAAAGUGCUUCUCCAGCUCUUCCUUCUAGGGAUGGAACUAAUGUGGAAUUAAACAGCAAGGGUUUAAAAGACCCUCGACAAUUAUCAAUUUAUAGAUCGGCCUCCUCUUUAUGCAGUCUUGAAACCAUUAAAGAAGAGCCUCUCUUUGCCAAGGAAAAACCUUCCACUAGUCCCCAGCCUGUUGCCUGUUUUACAAGUUGUGAAAGCACAGCAUGUGAUCAGUACAAGGAAUCUCAGUCUGAAUGCAGUAGCCCAGCUAUUACCUCUGAGAAUGUACAACGACCAAGUAAACUGAAUGUUGAGCCAGCCAUAAUCAAGGUGCUUGCUAUAAGUAAUGGACUACAUCCACAUAAUGGAAAACUUAAUCCAGGAAAAGCAUACAAUGACAGGAAUGGAAAAGUACUCAGUUCUGUCAGUGGGAAAAGUGAUUGCACAAAUCUAAUUAAUUCAUCCCUGAUUAAGCCUGGGUUGUCUUUACUUGCUGAUGUUUCAAGAAAUGUCAAUGAACAAUAUCAAGUUAAAGCUAACCAAGCUGCACAAUCUUCCAUUCAUGCUAGUAAUACUUCAGUUGCAAACAGAAUAAUGUGCACUAAUCUACCUGAUCAUCAAACUAGUUCAAAACCAAACAUGAAACAUCUGAUUGUUCCUCCUGUUCAAAGAUCACAGUAUGACAGGCCUGACUCAAAACCUUCUGUGGUUCAUGCUGGCAAACACACACCUGUAAGGAGAGCAAAGAGUGAGGGCUAUGUUGUUUCAGACUGCUCAGCCUUAAGCUUAAAUUCUACAUGUCAGUCCCCUGUCGCUGAAGUAUAUUCUGAUGCUACAGUUAAUGAUAGAAUUUGGAGCAAACUGGAGUUAAACUCUCAUAGGGACAGUAUGUCUUCGUCUUCCAGCAAGUCAUCCAAUGACACAGUCAUUGAUCUGUCUUUGCCUAAUUUAGCCCGGAAAAGCUUAUUGGAUCUUGACAUCUCUGAUGAUAACUUUGAAAAUAUACAUUUAAACAAUACUAUUCGGCCAAGAUCCGCUACAUCUUCAACAAAGGAAAUGUCGCUAGGAGUUUCAAAAAGUAAGUCUAACCCUAAUUUAGUAUCCAAUAACCAAGCAAUAGAUGAACUCUCUUCUAGACCACUGGCUAGAAGUCCUACAGAAGCAUUGCCACACUUGCCACGAAGGAACACCUGGAAUAGAUUAUACGUAGAUAGUUUAAAACAGGCAAAUAAAAAGCCCAGUUUUGAGAAUAAACCACCAACUAACCAGUCAAUGUCGAAAAGUCUUGGAGAUCUGACUUCAGAAGAUAUUUCAUGUAAUUUUGAAAGUAAGUACAGAAGUAUAAGCAGAAGUUUUAUUACUAGAUCAAUGAGGGCACAAAGAAGACCGGCCAGUAUGAAGGGUUCAGAGAAGUCUUCCGAUUCACUGACCGAACAGCUGAAAAAGCUAACAAGCUUUCAGAAAGAAAAUGAUAUUACAUCCCCAACUGAUUUUGAACCUGUUCAUUGUAACAAUGAUGACACAGCCUUCCUUCGAAGGACGUCCUCCAGAAGUCAGAGUAGAGUAAGAUAUAUUGCAAACCGAGCCAAGCAGGCUCAAGAAAGGCAAAGGCUCCAAAACCUGUGCCGGAUAAAUGGAAAUUCCAUAGAAGAAAGAGGGAAUCCAGAAGGGGCAUGUGCAAUAACUAAAGGAAUCUGUAUGGAUUCUCUUUCUCCCACACAGUUUACAUCUGAAACAUUGGACAAAUUUGGACCUUAAUAAUAUAGUUCUGUAGAAAAAAACGAAAAAAAAAACAUAAACAAACCUUGCAUUUCUAAUUAUGUUAACUGUGUAUAUGAUAAAGUUGUCCAUACAAGAUAUACCUCGAAAGAUGGAAAUAAAAAAAAAAAAAAUUGGGGACAGCUAGAGCACUUAAAGUACUGUAUAUAUAUAUAUUUUUGAACUAGCAAGUUUACAAUGGGCCUGCAGUCCCCCACAAACCUGCAUUACAGUUAUUACUUUUUUCUAUUAAGAUAAGUUGGUCCUUAAAAUCCACUUCUGGAGGUGUGGCCUCUCCUGUACUACUGCCUAUUCUAACAUUCUGGUCGACCCAUUAGGCCACUAACAGUAUGUUACCCUGUCUCCCACUACUGCCAGUGUGAAAUAAUGUGAUAUUUUUAAAAUGCUGCUGUACAUAGCACCUUUGAGGUACACUUUUAUUUUCUUUUUUGCACUGCCAUAAAAAAAAAUAUAUAAGGUAUGUUUUAAAGAAAAAAAAAAAAAAAAAGAUGACAUUUUAAAUUUCUUCCUAAUGUAUUAUGGCUGUAUAACAAUAAUUCUGUUAACUUUGUUUUUUUUAAUAGUUUUUAGGGACGUUUUUUUUAAUUAGACUUUUCAUUUAUAUCAUUAAGCUUGAUGUACAUUUUAGAGAAGCAAAUUAGUUUAAAGUGUAUGUUCAGCAACAUCCAUUUACCUGUUCCGUUGCUCUUUUUUAUUAGUUUUUCCAUCUUCAAUUAAAUAUUAUAUGUAAUGAAAUAUUUUAACACUAUGUUUGUAAGCCAGAAAAAAAAUCUAUUAAAUAAAAUUAUUUAACCUUA